AUGCCUCGCAGUUUCUUGAGCUUACCUCGCGAGGUCCGGGAUCAGAUCUACGCUGAGCUCCUAACGUGUUGCGCGAACGUUGCCACAUUUUCUCCAUCUGCUAUUGAGGUCACUCGGUCGAUGACCAUUCUACGGACAUGCAAGCAGGUCCAGCGAGAAUGCAAAGAAACCAUCUGGCGAAACAAUAAUCUACGACUGCACGAGCCAACCGAAAUCUUCACAAAACUUAGGGCUAUGGUCGAGGUCGACGCCUUGCGUCAAGUCCAACACGUCAAAGUCUGCCUUGAGCUUCUUGAUCGUGACGAGCUGGAAUGGGUAUGCAGUGGACUGAGAGCUUUUUCAACGUUGCCGACUUCACCAGCUUUGAGAUCUAUUACCCUCAUUGCGAUCAACGACCGGCCGCAGAAUAUGAAAGAAAUCAAGGAAGUGCUGGAGCUGCUCCGCCGGGGUGCAUGGGUUGAUGGAAGACUCUUCGGAGGAUUCCCGAGUGAUGAUGGAGCCCAACUAAUGAUCCAGACGGCAUGGCCACACUUUUUGCACUGGGGAAGGCAACGCUGGUUAAGGGAGACGCUACUGGAUCGAGGUGACACCGCCGAUCUUCUCCAGGAGUUACAGUCGAUGUUUGGGGGAAGCCUUUAUAUUGACGGCGUAAUACAGUCCAAGGCUGAGAAACUGGACCCGAGAGACGGUGAGAUAACAAUUAUUCUACCCUAG